AUGUAUUACAGUCCAAAUCUCGACUACCUGUAUCCCUGCUCUGGCGUUGCUAUCACCAUUCGCCACAUCCUGACGCCGGCGCACUGUGUGAUUUGGAAGCCCCAACGGGACUACAGGUUCAGGACUAAAAAUAAAAUACACCCCAUCAGCCAGAUUUUCAUUCAUCCGAAAUACACUUUGGACCGCUCUGACAACAAUAUCGCAAUACUACAGCUGGAAGGCGAUCUUAACAUGGCAUCCGGCCUGUCUCUUGCCGAGGACGUAGACCCCGGUUCCCUGAUCGCCCGACGCUUCGAUGUGGUGACCUUAGGUCAGGGCAAAAGUGGAACACGGAGCCAUCGAACAACUAAAAUUACGAGUCAGGCCUACUGCCAGCGCAAAUUCGAGGGUCUGGCCAUAACGGAGCUUGAGGUGUGCGCACACAUCCCGACAGACAGCCCCGUGUUGGCAGGUUCGCCCUUGGUGGGCAUCAAAAUGGAGAACGGCACUGGGGCAUGCAACCUUUUGGGGAUUUCCCUGCAUGGAUUGGCUAAGAACAAUCCGCAAAUGCCGACCCUAUUCGCACUCAUUUCAACGCACAGGCAGUGGAUUGAAGAGAUAACUAGUUAUAAUUACACCAAGUCGAGCAUACAGAGAGAGAGCUAA